AUGAUUCACCGCGUUGUGGUAGGUUGUCGUGCUGGGUCACAAUGCCCCUAUCGACAUGUUCAGCCCAACAGGCAGAAACAAGGCCAUCAGCAGACUGAAGAUGUGACCGGAUCGGCAGAACGGCGCACUCUCUCUCAUAGUCCGAGUCAGAAACCCAUAUCACAACCGCAACAGACCAGUCCACGGGAAUUUCAAAUUGGUCAAGUGAUUAGGAGAUUUGCUCCUGUUCGCAAAGAGAUCGACGAUGCCACUGUUUUGUCCUUUACCCUCAAUCCAUCAGAUCCGGACUUUCCCUUUGAGCUGGAAGGACUUCUGUGUACCUUGAAGGUACCACAGUCCUAUCCUCAAAAUGGUCGCCCCAGGAUCCGAGUCACUAACGCCGAAAUGGCCCGAGGUUACCAGAUCAAUAUCGAGAAAGGGUUUGACAGCCUGGUCGAGCAGUCACCCCGCAAAGCCUUGUUGGCCUUGUUGAAUGAUCUGGAUAAGAAUCUAGAGAAAUUCCUGACCUUGGAAAAGGCCCGGACCGUCAAAAUUAUUGCAAAUGCCGAGAAAGGAGUGAAGGAGGCCGAGCCAGCGACGAAAGAGGGUCCCAUUUCUGCACCCGAGCCCAUUAUACCGAUUCCUUUACAACCGUCAUGGACGCCUCAUCAGAGAGCGGACGCUUUGGCUAAGCGACAAGCUGAUAUUCGACAACUCACAGCCCGCAUGGGUCGAGCAUCGAAUUUUUCUAGUGGCGCCGAUGGGAUCACCUUCAAUGUACCUGUGAAGAUCGCCCAACCUGACAGACUUCCUCUCCCUCUACAAUCACUCAAGGACGUCGUUUUGAAGGUGCCAAAUCUGUACAAUCUGGAACCUUGCACGGUCCAACUGCAGGGAAUGAGUGGCUCAGAGGUGGAAAAUGUUCAACGUGCUUUUGAAUGGCACGUUCGGGAGCACCCUGAAAUGACACUUAUGGCACAUGUCAAUUUCCUGGCUCAGAACAUUCACUCUAUGACCUCUAAAAUGGUGGGAAAAGCUGCUCCACAGCCAGAAUUGAUAGAGGCCCAGCACGAUGUCUCCGAAGAGAGCAUGGCUGCUACGAAGGGCGACCUGGUUGAAUCUGAAGAGAGAAAAAUACUGGACGAAGAACAUCCACAUGUCAAAGUCAUCCCUCGUCCUCCAGAAUGGGGCCAUCAUGAUUCUGACUCGGAGUACGGGUCUGAUUCCGAAUAUGACUCGGACGGGCAGACCCAUUCCGAGGACGACGAGGAGGAAGACGGGGCUGACCAAGGCGGCGCCGCUCUUCCCGCCUCAUCAACUUCGUCUGCGAAUGGCAUACUCCUGUCCUUCCCCAACCUGGAACUUCACAACAUCGAACUCUUAACCCUGACGACCUUGUCAGUCUCAGUCCGAUGCCUGCGCUGUAAGUCUCCCUUGGACGUCUCCAACAUCAGACCGAGCAAUGCGUCGUCAUCCAACCCCGGAAUCGCCUCUAGCAUCCGCACGGAAUCGUGCCCCAAAUGCACAACCCCAUUCACCAUAUCAUUCGUCUCAAGCCCCUUACACACUAACACCAUCCGUGCUGGCACUCUCGACAUCACAGGUUGUACCAUCACAGACCUGCUCCCCAGCGUCUUCCAGCCAACCUGCUCAUCUUGCUCGAAUACCUUCCCAAGCCCACCCGGCAUGAUCUCCGUACGCGGCGACAGUUCCAUCCAAGUCUGCCGCUCAUGUCACGCAAAGAUGACCUUCGCCAUCCCUGAGGUGAAAUUCCUCCGUCUCUCCCACGCCGUCGCGCCUCUUCCUCUACGGCGUCCGAAGAAGGAUACCCUCGGCAUCUCCGCGGGUACGCCGCUGCCCCUGAACGGCACCUGCCCCCACUACCGGCACAGCUACCGCUGGUUUCGCUUCGGGUGCUGCGGCCGUGUGCACGCGUGCGACCGAUGCCACGACGCCGCCGAGGCCCACGUCAACGAGCGCGCCGACCGCAUGAUAUGCGGCUGGUGCAGCCGAGAACAACGAUUUAGGCCCCAGGACUGCGCGCUUUGCGGUAAGCGCCUAGUCAGGAGAAGGAAGGCGACUGGGGGAUUCUGGGAAGGUGGCAAGGGUACGCGCGACAAGGGCUUGAUGAGCCGCAAGGAGAAGCGGAAGUAUAAACGGUCCAGCGGUGGGAAUGUUAUUGGUGGUAGUGCUACAGGGAAGAAAGGGUAG